AUGUCGACGAAUCUUGAGGCUCUGGACAAUAAGGCGCACGUGUUACGUGCUGCUAUUGACAGCAACAACGUCACGGAGGCAACGAAAUUACUUGUUCAGCUCAAGAUGGCACUGACAACGCUACCAGCGCUUCCUCCAUGUGGUAUUGAAUCUUUUACCACUCAAAAGGAAUUAGAGAUUGCACGUCACGUCCUGGAAAGCGCGACAUUGCUGAGUAUUCUUCGUGAAGAUAUGACUGCUUUUGAGCGCAGUAUGGUUCAACUUAAGAUCUAUUACAGUAGCGGACUUCAGCCAUCACCGCUACACUAUCCAAUCUUGGGCACGAGGCUGCUGCAGUUGCUAGUGGAAAAUCGUAUGGCUGAAUUUCACAAUGAGUUGGAGCUAUUACCUGAACAGAGUCGUGAGGAUCCUAAUAUUGCAUUUGCUGUCAAGUUGGAACAGUAUUUGAUGGAAGGCACAUACAACAAAGUGCUGGAGGCACGCACUAACGUGCCCAACCCGUACUUUCCCUUUUAUCUGUCACAAUUGCUACAGACUGUGCGCGAGAACAUUGCAGAUUGUGCUGAAGUAGCCUAUCAAUGCCUUACCUUGGCUGACGCCCAAAAGAUGCUCAUUUUUGACUCGGCUGCUGAACUCGGUGUCUACAUUCAGGAAGAGAAGCCAGAGUGGAUUGUGCGUGAAGGUCGAGUGUGGUUCAAGGCGCCGGAAAAAUCUUUAGGCGCCUCGGACAUUCCUUCGUUGAGACUAGUAGGCGAGACGCUCGCGUACGCUACGGAACUCGACCGUAUCGUAUAG